AUGGCCAGCGGAGAGGUCCGGGGUAGCGGAGCGCCCGGGAGCUGGCGGUUUGCUUGCAACAGUGCCGCUAUUCCUACUCGCAGCAUGCAUGAUCCAAGCUGGGACGCCACCCCCGAGGUGAUGACGGCCUUUCGCCAGCUUGCUGAGGUUAUCUGCCCCAUCCUUUCAAGAUGUAAACAUCGGUGCCGACGGGCCAAAAUCGAGGGGUCCUUGGCCGCGCUUGAAGCCCUGAGUGCACGGCUGCGAAGCCUCUUGCCGCGUGGCGCAGUGUCUCGCGCCACCUUGUCUGAAUUUUGCCAUGAACUUUUGCACAUGGCCGAACACUCCGGCACGGCGACGGCGGGCAUAUCAGCUUCCGCAACCGCCAGCAUGGACGUGGGUAUGGGCAUGGGCAUGUCUGCAACCAAUGCGCGUCUUUCGCUGCCCCAAGGGCCAGCAGCAACGUUUCCAUCGACCAUGCCACGAGCCCCGAUGCCACCAGCGCAGCUACCAGAUCUCCCACCGCUCUCACCGCUGCGUCCGCGCGCCACGGGCUGGGAGGAUGUGGAUUCCAUGUAUGUCGACCCCGAGUUUCGCCUGGCCACGGUGGGGUUGACCCACUUUUACAAGCACCGCACCAUGGAGAUUCGGCUGGCCUUUGUGGCGGGCUUUCGCGAUGCGCUGGCGGAAAUCUUGCAGCUAGGUGACUGCACCAGUGGCCGCCUCGUUGGGGUGCUUGACCUCGCGGGCCUCCUCGACACUCUGCAACAGUUUGCGGCCGAGAUCACCGCCAAGUUUGGCUCCAUCUCGUUGGCUUCAUUGCCAGAGCAGGAUUUGGCAUCCUUUGCCCAGAGCCUCUCAGUCAGCCCCACCGAACACGGGCCGGGUGGGCAUGCGGCAGCACGUGACCAUCGGCACCAUGCACGCCCAAGCGCCGAGCCGGGCGUAGUGCGGCACCAUCACGGCAUUGCCAAAGACUCGAGCGCCACCUCAAUACCAACUUCAGCCAGCGGGCCGGGGGCUACGGGCGAGGAUGAUCGUGCAAGCUCAGCAGGACCUUCGUGUGAGGCGAGUCGGAGUGCGAGCAGCCUUCAGCAGGCCAGCCCGUCUUGGCAGGAGCUUUUCAUGUUCGCCGGGGGCAAGCGCCAGCACGAAAUGGACACGGACAACGAUGAGCCUGAACGCGAAGUCCACCCCCUCACGUCGACUAUUCCCCCCAAGCGAAGCAAGCCCAUGCAUUCCUAA